UUUGUAGUGGUGAGCAACACACUUUUCGCAUUUAAUCAGCAGCUCAAUCAGAUCGUUUUCCCAAAAUCCAAAAAAACCACAAUCAGAAAUUCAAAAUCAGAUCAAAGCCAAUCGCAAAAAUGGGGCUAAGCGACGAGCAGGUAGCAUCGAUGAAGGAGGCGUUCAACCUCUUCGACGCCGACAGCGACGGCAAAAUCGCGGCGUCGGAGCUCGGGAUCCUGAUGCGCUCCCUCGGCGGCAAUCCGACGCAGGCGCAGCUGAAAUCGGUGAUCGCGGAGGAGAAGCUGACGGCGCCGUUCGAUUUCCAGAGGUUCCUCGACCUGAUGGCGAAGCACCUCAAGGCGGAGCCGUUCGACAAGCAGCUCCGCGACGCGUUCCAGGUGCUCGACAAGGAGGGCACCGGAUUCGUGGUGGUGAAGGAGCUGCGGCACAUCCUCACCAACAUCGGCGAGAAACUGGAGCCGGCGGAGUUCGACGAGUGGAUCCGGGAGGUCGACGUCGGAUCCGAUGGCAAGAUCAAAUACGACGAUUUCAUCGCGCGAAUGCUCGCCAAAUGAGGAAGGUGAGCGAAAUGGUGGUUCGUUUUAUAUCUAUAUUUGAAGAUGUGAAUUUUUUUAUUUAGUUAUUGAUUUUACAUGAUUUAGAAGUUCUUUGCUACAUCAGUUUGUGACGUUGUUUCAUUUCAUCACCUAGUCCUAAGAUAAUCAGAUCGAUUGAUGAAUAUUUUUAACUGUUCUCA